UCCAAAUAUUAAUAACCUAACUUUCUAUUUCAUAAUUCUGAAAUAUUUUGAUGAUUGAAUUAUCAAUGUUAGUAAUGAACAAGAUUGACUAAAAUGGGCGUUCAGGGUUUGUUACCUUUCCUCGAAAAAGCUACAAAACCAUGUCACAUAUCUGAAUUUAGAGGACAUGUAGUAGCUAUCGAUACCUAUUGUUGGCUCCAUAAAGGGGCCAACUCGUGUGCAUUCGAAUUAGCAAGUGGAAAUAAUACUAACUUGUUAGUGCAAUAUUGCUUGAGGUAUAUAAAACUUUUGCAGUCCUUCGAUAUUAAACCAAUACUCGUAUUUGAUGGCAAGAAUCUCCCCGCAAAAGCAGAAACUGAAUCUAAAAGACGUGAAUCUCGGAAUAGAGCUAAACAAAGAGCCAGCGAGCUACUUAAAUUGGGCAAAACAGAGGAGGCUCGAAAUUAUUUAAGACAAUGUGUCAAUAUAACUCCAGAAAUGGCAGUAGAUGUUAUAAAAGAGUGUCAAAAAUUACAGAUUGAUUGCAUUGUAGCUCCAUAUGAAUCAGAUGCUCAAUUAGCGUUUUUAAAUAGAAAAGGGAUAGCAGAUAUAAUAAUUACUGAAGAUUCCGACUUGCUGUUAUUUGGAUGUACAAGAGUUAUGUAUAAAUUAGAUUUAAGGGGAUGUGGAUAUAUUGUAGAAGCAGAUAAAAUACCUUCUACAUUGAAGUUGAGACCAGAUAAAUAUACAUUUGAAAAGUUUUUGCACAUGUGUAUUUUGUCAGGAUGUGAUUAUGUUAAUUCUUUACAAGGUAUAGGUCUCAAAAAGGCUGAAAAAUUUAUUAUACUUACUGAAGAACAAAACCCUCUUUUAUUUUUAGACAAAGUCCCAAGAUAUCUCAACAUGCGCCAUUUGCAAAUAACUGAUAAAUACAAAGAAGAUUUUAUGUUAGCCGAUGCAACAUUCAAACAUCAAAUAGUGUUUGAUCCAUUUAAGAGACAAUUGGUGCCUUUAACAGAUUGGAAAGUGUUUAACACAAAACAAGAAUAUUGUAGAAAUGCAGGAGAAAUUUUUGAUAAUGAAAUUGCCUAUCAGGUUGCUCUUGGUAACCUUCAUCCAACAAACCAUAAAAAAUUGAAUAACUGGUCACCCACGAAAAAUAAAUUAGCACUGAACAGCAUCUGGUCUGGAUCACCUAGAAAAAGUGUACCAAGGAAAAUCCAACAAACACUGCUUGUCAAAAACACAAAACAAGACAAGGAAAUAAAUGAAAACUAUGAUAAGCUAGAAAUUGAAGCAGACAAGAAAAUAGAACAAGAACUAUCAAGUUAUUUCAUGAAAUUAGAAAGCAAUACAAAAAUAUCAGAUUCUGAAGAAGAACCAAUUGAAGAAAAGGAAGAUGAAGUUUCACCAGUAUUAAAAAAGAAUCCAUUCUUAAAGAAAUUGAGUAAAUUCCAAAUGACUCGAUCUAAAUCUGAUAUAAUAGUUAAAAGUAGAUAUUUUUGUUCUCAAUCUGAAAUUGAGAUGAUAGAAGCUAAAGGAGGAACAGAAAAAAUUGAUGACGAAAUUAUUGAAGUUGAUAAUAUUUGUGCAGAAAGUAAACCAGUUGAUUUUUCAGAAUCUCCAAUACAGGCUCCAUCAGAUUUCAAAGUGAGUGAAAAUUUUACUGAAAAGCAUACAGAAUUAGAUACUAUAGAAGUGGAAGAUAUCUCUAGGUCACAACCAUGUAGUUCAGGGGAUUAUAUUUGAAGGGCUGUUGAAAAGAAUUCAAUGAGAGAAAUAGGAAAUAAAAGAAAAGUAAAUAUUAUUUCCCAAGAGCAUGUAAUCUUUUUUCUCAAUGACCUCGGUGCUAAAAACUACAAACAAGAUUUUAUUCACAAAUUUGGAAAGCUUGUUAUGUUCUACUCAUCAUAAGCUACAAAAUAGCUGGUUUAUACGAGAGUGCCUUUAUGUGGUGACUCUAAAAUGUUUUGGGGAGGAAUUUGCGUCCAUACUCGUACAGAAUUGGUCCUCAUAUGUACCAGGUCUAUGAAUGCCCAAUAUUACUUAGAAAACAUUAUUGUCGAAUGUGUAUUGCCUUUUGCUCCGUUUGUUGGGCCUAAUAUUUUAUUCGUACAGGACAAUGCUCGUCCCCACGUAGCUAGACAGAUUAUUGGCUACUUACAUGACGUUAUUAUCCUUUUAUUAAAGUGGUCAUCUAACAGUUGGUUGUGGUUAUGAAUCAUACAGAACAACUAUGGGACUAUCUCAAAAAGAGGAUUUGAAGUCAUAGUUCCCCUGUUUCUUAUCACUACCAAUUCAAAGAGGUCGAUAUUGAAGAAUGAAUCGCAAGCUUUUGUUGAACAUUUGAUAUCAAGCAUGCCGCAAAGCAAUGAGCAGGGUCUACGCGGUAUUAGGGUUGACCCAUAUGUUAUUCUCUUUUACUGAUUUUUUUUUAAUUUGGAGGUAUAAUAGCUUGCUUAGUAUUUUCAGUAAAAAUAAGCUUUUAUGUAAAAAAUAAGGCAAAUUAAGGUUAUGUUUAGGUCAUAUUCUACUAAGGUGUAGGUGAUCAUUAUUAUUUCAAUGAAACUUAGUUUUAUUUCGUGUUUAUAUUGUCAAUAUUUAGAUUAAUUAAAAUGGUGCGUUGAUUUUGUAA